AUGAGAUAUGGACCUUACCUUUUCGGUCGCCGCAUGCCGCUCCCCUUUCAUUACAACCCGUGUGCGCGAUCACGAAAAGAUGUCCACACCUCAACCGUCAAGAUCCAUGUCCAGACCCGUACCCUUGUCCACGGUGCCCUCAUUGACCAUCCUGUCACCAGCCUCGCGUAUGACCUUGUCGAGAAUACUCCUGACCUGCUUGCACCCGUCCACGCCGACGGCCAGCAUGCCCUCGAGGCGCGAGACCUGCACCCUGCUCUCGCACACGAGCACGGCCACGCGGUCCGUGUCGCCGAGCGUGGCGACCGUCAGGCUCGGCAGCUCCUGCUCCUCCUGCAGGUUCAGGUCGAGCAGGGGGUCCGCGCCCUCGUCGCCGGCGGCGUAGGUCGACGUGCUGCCCGCCGUGCAGGCGGCGACGUAGUCGGUCAUGGGGAUGCCGGCGUCGACGGCGGCGAGGGUCGCGGCGUUGAUGAGCGCGGCGAGCAGGGAGCCGUCCUGCGAGAGGACGUGCAGGCUGAAGGCGAUGGUGCUGUGGGGGAAGAGGUGCGUGUGCAGCGUCGAGGAGAGGGUGUGGGAGAGGGUCGACGAGAGCUCCUGGAGGCGUCUGGUGGUUGUCGAGGUCAGGUCAGCU